CAAAAUCCCGUUUCCUCACUCUCUCUCUCUCACUCUCUCCCUCUGUAUUUGUGUCUGUUUGGCCUUUUCCAUUCGGCCAUUGCGUGUUUGCUUGUGCGUUUGCUUGUGUUGUUUUGCUUGCUUGGGUUGGAGAGAGAAUCGCGGUGGGUGGAGAAGAAAGCAGGGGAUAGAAACCAACAACAUACAGAACGAAAUUUGCGAAGAUUGUGUAAAGAUGAGAGAUGGGAUUCUCAAUUCUCUAGGAUUUUGAAUUUUCAGAGACGUUGGAGCUUGUUAUUGAGGGAAGAAUCUCUCCUUUUUCUGGAUUCUGGGCCUUUUAUUUGGAAGAAAUGGUUGGAAGAUGGAGAAGUCGGAUUGAGAUAAGUGGUUUUUAUUGAGAAACAGUCGUUUGGCAUCUGGGUUUUUGAUUGCAGAGGAUUUGAAUGGAGUUUGUAUAAAAAAGUUGGGGUUUUUUCUUGCUAUUUUUCUGAUGGCAUACUAGUUCUGGAGUUUUAAUUUCAGCUUUGGCAUCUGGGUUUUUGUAUGAGAAGUGUCUGAGUGGAUCUUGAAGGAGUUUGUAUUUAAAAGCUGGGAGGUUUCUUCCUUUCUGCUGAAAAUAGUGGUUUUUGGGGUGGAAGUUUGGCUAUUGGGAUCUGGUUUUUAUUGUGAGAGGCUUUUGAUGGAGUUUGUUGAAAAAGAAGCUAUAGAAAGUGAGUUUUUGGUUACUUUUCUGUCGAGAUAAUGGUUUGUGGGAUGAACUUUCAGUUUCUGGCAUCUGGGUUCUUACUGUAGAGGUUUUUGUUGAGUUUUUUGGAAGAUAAAAGGCUAGAGCCGGGUUGAAGUUCCAGCAAGAUUUUCAGUACGAGAGGCUUUUGAUUGGGUCCAUGGAAAGAAGUAGCUAGAAAGAUCAUCGCCUUUUACCCUUCUUUUUUUUAAAAAUUUUUUCUGCUGAAAAUGGUGGUUUUGUAGUUUGAAUAAGUGGAGUUGGUUUCCUUUUUGGUAAUGGUAAUUUUUGCAUUUGGGUUUUGACUGAGAGAAGUUAGAAGUCUUGUAUUUGGACUGGAAAAGAGGAUGGAAAGAAGAGAUUUCCUGUUUUGGGAAAUGGGAUUUCUGGUUUUAGCAUGGAUGGAGAGUUCUUCUGCUACUUUAUCUCCUUCUGGUAUAAACUAUGAAGUUGUCGCCUUGAUGGCUAUAAAGAACGAACUGAAUGACCCGCACAAUGUAUUGGAGAACUGGGAUAUCAAUUCAGUUGAUCCUUGUGGGUGGAGGAUGGUUACCUGUUCUUCCGAUGGCUAUGUUUCAGUUCUCGGGCUACCUAGUCAGAGCUUGUCUGGGAAAUUAUCGCCAGGGAUCGGAAACCUUACCAAUCUGCAAUCUGUGUUGCUGCAGAAUAAUGCCAUUUCGGGUCCUAUUCCUGCUGACAUUGGAAAGCUGGAGAAGCUUGAAACGCUCGAUCUCUCAACUAAUAAGUUCAACGGUCAGAUACCCAGUUCAAUAGGGUAUCUGGAGAACCUGAACUACCUGCGUUUGAAUAACAACAGCCUUUCUGGACCCUUGCCCGAAUCUCUGUCCAACGUCGAAGGUCUCACUCUCUUAGAUCUUUCCUACAACAAUCUGAGUGGUUCCUUGCCAAAGAUAUCAGCUAGAACUUUCAACAUUGUUGGAAAUCCUUUAAUUUGUGGCCCAAGUUCCGGAAACAACUGUUCUGCUGUGACAACCGAGCCACUUUCGUACUCACCAGAUUCUCUAAAAGGUCAGUCACAACAAGGAGGAACAAGAAGCCGUAAGGUGGCUAUUGCUUUUGGUGCAAGCCUCGGUUCUGUAUCCGUAGUGAUAAUUGCUGUGGGGCUGCUCCUUUGGUGGCGGCACCGACACCAUCGACAGAUUUUCUUUGAUGUUAAUGAUCAAUACGAUCCAGAGGUGUGCUUGGGACAUCUGAAGAGGUACUCAUUCAAGGAGCUUCGGGCCGCCACCGAUCAUUUCAAUUCGAAAAAUAUUGUAGGGCGGGGAGGUUUUGGGACUGUGUACAAAGGUUGCUUGCAAGAUGGUACCCUAGUGGCUGUAAAAAGGUUAAAAGAUUACAAUGCGGCGGGCGGUGAAGUUCAAUUCCAGACAGAAGUGGAGCUGAUUAGUUUGGCCGUGCACCGCAAUCUUCUCCGGCUUUGGGGGUUCUGCUCAACGGAGAACGAGAGGCUUCUUGUCUACCCUUACAUGGCAAAUGGAAGCGUUGCCUCUAGAUUAAGAGAUCACAUUCAUGGUAAACCAGCUUUAGAUUGGCCGGGGCGAAAGAGGAUAGCAUUAGGAACUGCCCGGGGGCUAUUGUAUUUGCACGAGCAGUGUGACCCAAAAAUAAUUCACCGUGACGUGAAAGCUGCCAACAUUCUUCUCGACGAAGACUUCGAAGCCGUCGUCGGAGAUUUUGGGUUGGCAAAGCUCUUGGAUCACCGGGACUCACACGUGACCACAGCUGUGCGUGGUACGGUCGGGCAUAUAGCUCCAGAGUACUUAUCGACGGGCCAGUCAUCGGAAAAAACUGAUGUUUUUGGCUUCGGUAUCUUGCUCCUAGAGCUGAUCACAGGUCAGAAGGCGUUGGAUUUUGGACGGGCGGCCAAUCAGAAAGGCGCAAUGCUUGAUUGGGUGAAGAAGCUUCAUCAAGAGAACAAGCUCUAUCUGAUGGUGGACAAAGAUCUAAAGAACAAGUUCAACCGAGUUGAGUUGGAAGAAAUGGUCCAGGUCGCGUUACUAUGCACCCAGUUCCACCCCUCCCACCGCCCGAAAAUGUCAGAAGUGGUGCGGAUGUUGGAAGGUGACGGCCUGGCCGAGAAAUGGGAGGCCUCUCAGAAGGUUGAGACGCCGAGGUCCCGAUCAUCUGAUAACACGCCCCAGAGGUACAUGGACUUUGUUGAGGAUUCUUCUCUCGUCAUUGAAGCAAUUGAGCUCUCGGGUCCGAGAUGACACCAAUUGGUCGCGGCCCACUCAUAGUGCAUUUAAGUUUGAGAUGUUGGAACUGAAAAAGAUGUGUAUGCCCAGUGGAAGAGAUUGCAUGCGUCUGAUUGGUACUAAAAUUAUGUGCCGAAAAUCUUCCACCGUCCAUUGACGGCGGGUGGGAAUCCCUAUGCACAUUCGAAAUGGGGUUCUUGAUCAAUCCUAUUUUGGUGGUGUAUGGGUGGGCCACCUGCAACCUGUCGACGGUGGGAUAUAUCUUUGUACACAAUCUUCUGUGUACCAAUGUGGACACUGUUGUGCUCUGUGAUGUUUAAUGGAAGUUGUACUGAUAAGAGUUGAAUGCAUCUCUAUUCAUCUGUACAAAAAUGGAAAAAAGGGGUAAAGGAGUUUGUUGAGAAAAUUCUGACAUCUUCUAAUAUGUUGCUUAUGAGUUAUGAUAAGGGGAAUGACAAGCGUUCAAGA